CUUCGGACGCGCGCACACGCUCCCCGCCCCCAAUCCGGGAGCCGCUCGCGGCCGGCUCCGCGCCUGAUCUCCCGGUGCAUCGCAGCUCAGUGCAGCGCAACGCGACUACCUUUCUGCAGCUAAGCGGUCGGGGCUGUUUUUCUUCCCUUCCAGGUCAGGACAAAGAGUUGUGAGCAGGCUUCCUGAGCUGGCUGGUCCAUCAUGGCAGAGAAAGUGAACAACUUCCCACCAUUGCCCAAAUUCAUCCCCCUGAAGCCAUGUUUCUACCAAGACUUCGAGGCAGACAUCCCUCCUCAGCAUCUCAGCUUGACCAAGCGCCUCUACUACCUCUGGAUGUUGAACAGCGUCACGCUGGCCGUGAACCUGGUGGGCUGUCUCGCGUGGCUGAUCGGAGGCGGGGGAGCCACCAACUUUGGCCUGGCCUUUCUCUGGCUCAUCCUCUUCACGCCUUGCUCCUACGUCUGCUGGUUUCGGCCCAUUUACAAGGCCUUCAAGACAGACAGCUCCUUCAGCUUCAUGGCAUUCUUCUUCACCUUCAUGGCUCAGCUGGUCAUCAGCAUCAUCCAGGCUGUAGGGAUUCCGGGCUGGGGUGUCUGUGGCUGGAUCGCCACCAUCUCCUUCUUCGGGACAAACAUCGGCUCAGCGGUGGUGAUGCUCAUCCCCACGGUCAUGUUCACAGUUGUGGCCGUCUUUUCCUUCAUUGCCCUUAGCAUGGUUCAUAAGUUCUACCGGGGCAGCGGGGGCAGUUUCAGCAAAGCCCAGGAGGAGUGGACCACUGGAGCGUGGAAAAACCCACACGUGCAGCAGGCCGCCCAGAACGCAGCCAUGGGGGCUGCCCAGGGCGCCAUGAACCAACCGCAGACUCAGUAUUCUGCCACUCCCAACUACACAUACUCCAACGAGAUGUGAGCCAGCCAAGCCCACCAGGAGGCAGGGCUGGGGGCCAGUGGGACAGGGGGCUCAAGCCACAUCAUCUGUGUGGUGACCAAGCAGGGUUCCCCCUUCCCUUUUCUCCUCCCCAACUUUGUACAAAGAAUCAGAGUUAUAUAUAUAUAUAUAUAUAUGUAUACGUAUAUGUAUAUGUCUAUCCCCACCCCCACCCUUUGGGUCCUGCCCUUGGCGCUCCGAGAGCUACGUACUGCACAGGAAGUGUCUCUGUGCACUGGGAGCUGAGUCUAUGUCCCCUUGUGAAAUAACGUGCAGUGGAGAGCUCAUGUCGUGGUGCUAGAUGUAUGUUUAGAACUAAACCAGCCCCUCCAGCCAUCAGGCUGUCCCCUCUGACCCUGGCCCAGGGACUCCACGGGGCAGGGGCAGCCUAGCAGAGAGCCUGGCACCCUGUGCAGGACUAUGAGCCUAAGCUAUUUCUGCCUUUAGUCCCAUUGGGAAGCAACAGUAUUAGUGUUCAUGGUGACAGGCGGGUUCGAGGGGAUGGGACAGAGAGGACGUUCCCUUGCUCCCUGUAGUCCUCCCUCAGCGUCCUCCUCCCCUUGUUUCUCCCUCACUGUGAGAUUCUUUGUGCUCAUUUCCCUAGCUGGCUUCCAGUGAUCUUUUUCUUCCCCAUGUGGCUUUUCUUUGUCUUCCGAAGGCUGAGUGUCUCAGUUAUAUCUGCUUUUAAGACUGCCCAGAUCCCCCGAAUCCACUCCCCAGUUCCAGGAAGCUGACAUGAGAGCUGAGCCAACCCUGAUACAGAAGGGGCACACGGGAUGCAGAGCCCAUUUGGCACUUGACACCCAGGGUCUGGAAAUGCAGAACCGGUCUCCAUGAUUGUGGAAGCCUGGCCCACAGAGGCAGCCUUCUCCUUUCCCCUCUCCUGGUUUCCAUCCCUUUCCGCCCAGAUCUGCCUUUAGCUGCUCUGCAUGCCCCGUGGAGCUGGGUCGUAUGAGGCACUUGGAGGUGUAAAGGCAGUGGUGAAA